GGAGUGUAUGUUUGAGAAAAUGUACACAUUUGCGAACAAAUAGUUCAGAAGACAACAGAAUCGUCGAUUUAGGGAAUAAAGAAAAAUCGCACCUUCGACGUUCUGACAUUUUGUUACCGAAUUCAAACGGUCAGCGUAAUCGAGUGGAUCACCAGUGUUAAGACCCUUAUAUUGAAAUAACUAAGUUUACAUCGGGAACAACAUUGAGUACUAUGAGUAAAUUCAGUUCAUCUACACAGAAUGGUACUAUCUUUGGAUCGAGACUAACCUUGUAUUUUUCAAUUCGUAUUUUGCCUAUUUUUGGGAGUCGUGUCCUCCCCGUCUUCCAUUUUGAAAUAUGCGCGCAGUUUGGCAGAGUAGUGCCUAGUAGGCGUGCAGAUUGACAUGGGCACCGUGUCAUAUGGGAUUUAUUUUUCCCGAUACUUGGACACUGGAAGGAAUCAUAAGCUUGAAUAGUGAAUCUGGCUUUUGAGAAAAACAGAUUAAGUGCCAAAGGAAAAUAAUACAGUUAUACAAAGUAGGAUUAGUAAUUCAGAUAUUAAACAUGAAAUGGAUUUAUCAAACUAAAGGCUUCUGCUUAGUCAUAUAUAGGUCGUAUGAAAUAUAAGUUUGAGUUCUUGCCUAGAAAGACAGACGUACAGAUGGGGGAAUUCUCUAUACCUCCCGGUCUUUGUUCGAUGGGAUAAAACAAAACUAUUCAUCUAAUAAGUAAAAUAGGCCGACUUGGGCAAGGCUAUGCUCUAGAACAUGAAAUUCUACACACGAUUUCUCAUCAUUUUAAGUCUUUCUGUAGCAAUUGUGAUUUACAUAUACAAUUAUAAUAUCGGACAUUCAACAAGAAGGAAGAAUUCCAAACAAGAGCAGGAGAAUGGCCCUGAUUCAGUGGAUUUCCAACAUCAGGAAGAACAACACUUUCCAAUCGAGGAAAAAUUAAUUUGGACGAAAACGAUGACAUGCAACGUGGAAUCUGGAUAUAAAACUCGCAAAGAAGGGAACGUUGAUAGUUCUAAUGGUACCUAUACAUCAGGGUAUGACAAAAUACACCCCAAUCCUGGAGUCAACUGUUCUUAUAGCAUCUGCCAGAAGAUAAAUAAAGGAAGACAACCUGUUAUGUAUAGGCAACCUAAAUACAUUAGACCAUCAAUUGAAGGUCUGGUAACACUUGUAGUUAAAACUGCUAACCGCUUAAAUCUCGUCGAGCGGUUAAUACGCAGUGUAUGGAAGUUCUAUCCCAAUGUGAAAUGUAUUGUCGUUGACGACUAUAAUGAGGACUUUGAAAAGAGGCCUGGUCUUCAAUACUUCUUCAAAAACUCAUCAAAUGUAAUGUACCAUCAGGCGCAUGAGGAUGCUGGUAUAAGUUACGGUCGAAACCUUGCAUUAAAGUUUGUAAGAACAAAAUAUGUUUUCUUAUGCGAUGAUGAUGCGGUCUUCAAUAGUGAGACAAACAUUCCGAAGCUUGUUGAUUUGUUGGAGCAUACCGAUUUAUCAUUCGCUGGAGUAGUACAUAAAAGCCAACAUUACCCCUUUAUUGGUGCAUUAAUGGUUCGCCCAACAGAAGCACAAAACACAUCAACGAUGAGUUCUAAUGAAACGGUGGACCUUCUGCAAUAUUCAACUAUGUAUUAUGAACGAUUAGCGUGUUUUGGCCAGUGUUACGUCACAGAUAUGAUAUUGAAUGCAUUUCUUGCUCCCUUAGAGGAUUUGUUAAAGAUGGGAGGUUGGGAUGCAAGUUUAAAAACACAAGAACAUAUAGAUUUUUUUCUGAGCGUACGCAAAUUCGGGUUAAAAGCUGCCGUCUGUUUAGAUGUAAAUUUAGAUCACAUGUCUUCCCGAAACAAUCCUCUUCGUGUGAAGAGAAUACAGAACAGACAUAUUUACUUCAAAAUCAUCAAACAUAAAUGGAAUUUAUCAAAAUGGUUUUUCUGUAAGACAAAUAGAUCUUCAAGUUAUCAAAACAGGAAAUUUCCAGAUGAUUGGACUUGUAGGAAGACUCCCUAUUUUUGACAUAAAACUAUAAAACAGCAAAUCCACAGUGCAAUCCAUGGAGUAGCAAAUCCAACAGAACAAAAAAUGUCUGAUAUAUAGCAGCCACCUUGAAAAUUUUGAAAAAUUAUGAUUGCUAAUACCAUGCUUUUCACAUGCUCAUGCAUUUGAAUGUGUGAGCAACUUAUCACGUUGUGUCCUCUGCGUCACAGUUAUAACUGUCUCCACACCACGUGUAUUAAUUAUUAAUGCCUUGGUCACAUUUGCUCCGAUUUUCACUAUGGCGCCCGGCCGAUCGAGUAUUUUGUUCAAAAUUGAAUACAAUAUUGAACAACACACUCAAUUGGCAGGGCGCCGGCCAAUGGAUCGGAGCAUAUGUGAUAAAGGCAUUAUAUGUCUACAUUGGUUUUUUGUGUGUAAUGCCGUGGUCACAUUUGCUCCGAUUUUUACUACGGCGCCCGGCC